AUGGACUAAAAGAGGCGACCCCUGAUGCAAUAAGAGAUGCUUUCUUAGAAUUAGAUAAAGUUCUUCUUAAUAAUUGGAGAACACAACAAGCUGGAUCUACAGGUAUAGUAGCAUUAAUAGAGGAGCUAGAUAGUCCCCGUGAGUUACUUGUGUCUGGUCGUGAGGUCUUAUCUUCUUUUUCCUCUAAACCCCUUCUUUCUUCCUUGGAUACACAAGAUAAGAUUGGGGCUUUUUAUACACCUAUACAAUCUAUUACUAUUGGAGGACAACAACAACCUGCAUUUCUUAUUACUAUUGCUAAUGUUGGAGAUUCUCGUGGUACAUUAUUUCAUGCUGGUGGAGGAUUCUCUAUCUUAUCUCGUGAUCAUAAACCAACAAACCCUGAGGAAUUAGAGAGAAUAAAAAAAGCAGGAGGGUUUGUCUCUUCUUCUCCUGCAUCUGUACCUAGGGUUGAUGGUAUAUUAGCAUUAUCUAGAGCUUUUGGUGUAUACGAACCUGAAUCAAUGAAUUGGGUAUUUGUGUCACAUUUUAUGAUGACACUUUUAUAUGAAUUAAAAAAUGAUUUAACAGAGGCAGCAGUUAAAUUAUUAGAGCAAGCAUAUCAAGCAUUCUCUGGCGAUAAUAUUUCUGUAUUACUUACUAGGUUUGAGAAAGGAGAAGAAAAAGAAAGAAAAUACAGACGCUUUGAGGUCACACCAGAAGGGCAUGUAGUAUCAGAGGAGUCGGAGUCUGAAGGACAGUCUGCUGCUGCAGCAGCAGAUGCUGCUGCUGCUGCUGCUGCGCCCCCUUCCUCUCCCUCUGCUGCUGAUAAGAAUAGCCUAGAGGCAUUCAAGGGGCCCCUUAAGCCGGCAGGGGAGGGCCCCAUUACCCUAUAA